AGCCAGCAGUACGGCAUCCACAACGACAUUCCCACUAAGAUUGUCGAAGAUGACGAAGACGACUUGGCUGAGCGAAGCGAAAGCGAGACGUUAUCACAGGAGCCCGGCCUGGUUGGUAAACACGCUUCAAGCCUCAUUCACCGCCCGUCCGGUGCUAGAAUUAGUGCUCUCGGCGGUACCCGCUAAAUUUUUGUGUGUUCCUAACUUGUUGCAUGUACGGAGUCGGUGGCGACAUGUACCAAGAUUUUUGGCCUGUUGAAGGUUUUACCAAGGAAGGGCGAGUUGUCUCUAUAUCUUUUGCCUCUACCUGUGUAUAUGGACUUUGCUUAUACCUUGGCCUAUCUGUUUAUGGACCUGUAUGGCGUUUUACUCUAUGAAGAGUCUCGGAUUUUCGCUCUUUGCUUUUCCUACAUUCUCUCUUGGCCCCUUUGGUCUCACUCUUAAUUUUCCUUCAGGUGUUAAGGCAACUAGAGGUGAUACUCUGUUGGCCAGGCAUUUACUAAAUGUCCUGCUAUGUUACGUUGUCACCAUUCUGUCUCUUUUGUGUAUUGGUUAACGUUAGCUGUCUGUCACCAAAGACCAGUAAAUGUUUAGCCUUAAUUAUUCUCAAGCUCACGUCUCAUGUUUAGCAUUGGACAAAUAAGAGUUACUUUAAAACAA